AUGUCAAUUAUACCUGCUGGUACUCUGGACAGCCGAAUUAUCUCGGUGGAAAAGAAGCAUGUGCUGCCAUACGUGGUGGUGAUGCAUGUCCAUCAUCAAUAUUACCUGAUAAAGAUCGGCGCAACAUGGUCUGAUGCCCAGAGUUACUGCAGGGUGAAGUACACUGACCUGGCAACAGUUGUAACUGAUGAAGAUUGGAUAAGACUGAAGAACGAAGCAAUCAGUAAAGGCCUGGGAUCAUAUGUCUGGUUUGGUUUGUACAACGCUAUCGACAGCUGGCGCUGGUCGUUAAACAAGCUCCCGCUGAAGAAUGUCAUUUUCCAUAAUUGGAGCCCGGCUUAUUUCAGUGGUGCUUCCAAGUUCAUCGCCAUCUCUAGUCCUUAUCUUACCUGGCUUGAUGCUCAGGCUUACUGCCGAACACAUCACACAGACUUGGCCAGCUCGCUGAACAGCUCAGAUAACAAUUACUUGUUGCAGCUGAGAGAUAUCCAGGGUGAUUCCUGGUUUGGGCUCUACAGAGACACAUGGAAUUGGUCAGAUGGGACCAUUGCUUCAAACCUGCCGUGGGGUCAUGGAGAACCUUAUGAUUCUGGAGGAAAUGAGAACUGUGCAAUGGUCGCUAACAAUCUGUUCUAUAGUGUAUCCUGCACCAACUUGUUCUAUUUCUUCUGUCACACCAUUAUACCAGUCAGGGAGCAGCAGCUUGUGAGACUGCAGGUGAAGUCUGAUGGCAGUGUUUUAGAUCCUGCUGUACAGUGGUCUAUUUUAGAGCAGAUAAAGCAGAAACUGAAAGAACAUGGCAUGUUGGAGAACACCACAGUAACCUGGAGGGUGCGGCCAGAUGGAAACAUUUUCAAGAAGAAAAACAAAAAUGAUCUGUAAUGUAAAUUUAGAUGUGUUGUAGAAAUGUUAACGUUUAAGCUUUAAAUCAGUAAGAGGAUCAGAUUAGCCACCUUAGCAACAACUAGCAUUCAUAUGAUUGAGAUUAUUUAUUUAUUUAUUUAUUUAUUUAUUUAUUUAUUUAUUUAUUUAUUUAUUUAUUUAUGUAUUUAUUUAUUUAACAUUCUGAUUUUCCUGUAAACACUCAACAAGGUGAUGAUGGAAGGGAACAUGUUAAAAUAC